GGCGCGGCGUUCAGGGACUCACUCACUCACUGUAGGUUAGGACUCCCGCUGGACGGACCGGAGCGGCUGCCUCUCUCAGCCAAAACUCGCAAGAAAAAAAACCCGUGAAAUCACUCGGAUACACUUCGACCGACAACGACUGGAGGGUUCACAUCCGAGCCGGACAUCAGAUAAGACCCGCAUCGAUUAAUUUGGGCGAACUGAUUGAUCACCGACUGUGUGUGUUUGUGUGUAUGUGUGUGUGUGUGUUUGGCGUUCCAAAAGGAAAACACACACACGCACGCACACACUCAGUCACAGGUUGCUAGCGGAGUUGACGCUAACCUAGCUAGCCGAGUUAAGCUAGCGGCGGUUAGCUGUGUUUUCCCUUCUCACCCGCGACUUCAACCAGCCGCAGCUAAACUUAAAAAAAACCCAGUCAGACAUUUUUCCAGACAGCCUGCUCCAUGAUUCAGUCAUGAUGUGGUGUUUUUUCGGACGUUUAUCAAGUUGGCCGGCUGGUAGCAUCGGCUGACUGAAGCCUAACGUUCACUCACAGUCCCGACCUGGAUUUUUUACUCCCGUGUGUGUUUUUCCUUCUUUUCCACUGCUGCUGGUUUCUGUUUUUUUUUUAAAGGUGGACUUUGCCCUCGGGGUGUUUGAAACUCUUCCCCCACUUCUACUAAACAUAUAUAUUUUUUUAAAGAGCCUCCAUUGAUUAUCCUGCUGGAGUAUUUCAAAACUUGGCUGGAAGCGUUUUUUUUCUUUUUCUUUUUCUUCUUUGGGAGGUAAAAAGUUUGAGGAGGAUUUUUCCGAGCCUGUGGAAAAAUGGAUGCGGGUAUAGAGAAGGAAUGCAGCGCCUUGGGAGGGCUCUUCCAGCUCAUCAUGAACGACAUGAAGGCCAGUUAUCCUACAUGGGAGGAUUUUGUAACCAAAGGAGCCAAGCUACAAUCACAGCUCAGGACGACCAUCGUGGUGACCGGAGCCUUCCUCGAUGCUUUUCAGAAGGUGGCAGACAUGGCGACCGGGACCAGAGGUGCGACCAAGGACAUCGGCUCAGCGCUCACCAGGAUGUGUAUGAGGCACCGCAGCAUCGAGUCCAAACUCAAACUGUUCACCACAGCGCUCUCAGAAGGUCUCAUCACUCCGCUCGAGCUGAAGAUGGAGGAGUGGAAAAAAGUGGCCAGUCAGCUGGACAAAGACCACGCCAAAGAGUACAAGAAGGCUCGAGCAGACAUCAAGAAGAAAUCGUCAGACACCAUCAAACUGCAGAAGAAGGUGAAGAAAGGGAAGGACGAGGUCCGCGGUCAGCUGGACAGCGCGCUGCAGGACGUCAACGUGCGUUACGCCGUCCUGGAGGACACGGAGAAGCGAGCCGUGUGCAGAGCGCUGAUUGAAGAGAGAGCGCGCUACUGCAGCUUCGUCACCAUGCUGAAGCCUGUCCUGGACCAUGAGAUCAACAUGCUGGGUGAAGUGACUCACCUGCAGACUAUUCUGGAGGAUCUGACCAACCUGACAGCUGAGCCCAAUAAACUCCCACCAGCCAGCGAGCAGGUGAUUCUGGACCUGAAAGGUUCUGACUUCAACUACACCUAUCAGACCCCUCCAGCGUCUCCCAGCAACACACUGUCCAGGAAGAGCAGCAUCAGCAGUAACUACCAGUCUGGAUCAGUGAGACACGUUCCCUCUCUGGACUCUAUCAGCUGUGCUGUCGAUGGAGUACACAUCCAGGAUGCUGUCGGCUCCACCAAUCAGCUCGCUGCUGGGGGGAGCGGAGGGGCGGAGAACGGCUUGUUGGCGCCUCCACACGCCUACUCGCACCACGGAGAGAGAGCUCGGGCCAUGUCUGCGUCUGGGAAGUCGUGCUCGGCCCGGGAUCAGCUGGCGUUGACGUUGGGUGCGUUGAAUUCGGACGCCCCACGGAGCAGCAGGGACUCUCUGCACUGUUCCAGCGGCUACAGCACUCAGACCACCACCCCGUCCUGCUCCGAGGACACCAUACACACACACACUGUAAGGAGAGACCCUCCCCUCUAUGUUGACUACGAGUCCAUCUCUCUCCACGGAGACGCCGACUCCAUCUCCCUACAUCACCUCUCCCACGGCAACAACCAGUCAGACUUCGACAAGUCCUCCACCAUCCCGAGGAACUCCGAUCUCAGUUUCCAGUACAGGAAGUUUGCUCAGUCCAAGCGGCCCUCCUCCACCGUCAGCCUGUUGGCCGAGCCCGAGCUGAUGGGCAGGUCCGUCCGCCAGCUGCCGUCCCAGACGGCAACCAUCAGGCGCAAACCGUCGUCCAAGCCAGCGUUCCGCAGAGGCACGAUCAGUGGUGGGGUCCCCAUCCCCAUCAGCACCCCGCAGGUCCCCCUCAAAGCGCUCGGAGGAAAUGGAGGGAGUGAUGAGAAUGUUUUCACAGCGCCCUCUGCAGGAGGAGCAGGAGGUUUAGGUUACAGUAAACUCUGCACCUCCACACAGAGCCUCAGUGCCUUACCUCCCUCCUCCUCAUCACCGUACUACCAGCUGGUCCCUGGUCAGAUGCCCAUCCCGGUGCCUGUACCCACUGUACCCUCCCUGCCACCAGAGGGCGGCAACGCCAAGCAGCUACAACAGAGACAGUACCAGCAACAUCUACAGCAACAGCAGCAAAUCAACCAGCUAAACCAUCAACAGCAACACAGUCAAGUACAGCAGCAGCAGCAGCUACAGCAGCAGUAUCAGCUGCAGCAGCUGCAAUAUCAGCAACAAGUACAUCAGCAGCAGACAAUCGACCAACAACUCAAUCAUCAGCAGCAGCACAGUCAACUACAGCAGCAGCAGCAACAACUUCAGCAACAGCUGCAACAUCAGCAGCAACUGCAGCAACAGUUCCAGCAUCAACAAUCACUGCAGCAGCAGCAGCAGCAGCUUCAGCAGCAGCUGCCACAUCAACAGGACCUUCAGCAGCAGCUGUACCAGCAGCAGAAACAGAAGCUGUUCCAGCAGCAGCAGGCCCAGCUGCAGCUCCAGCAGCAGGCCCAGCUGCAGCUCCAGCUCCAGGCCUCUGCCUCCCAGGGAGAGCCCCCCAGUGUGGACCACAGAGCUCACUACCAGCCCCAGGCUCCUCCACCCUCCAGCCAGGACCAGGACCCGGAGCUGCCCCAGGGUGGAGGAGGAGACAUGCUGACCCAGAUCAGAGGAAUAAAACUCAAAAGGACCAUCACCAACGAUCGCUCCGCCCCUCUCCUGCCCCCACCGACCAAUCACAAAUGAGGCUGACGGCUGCAGGUUUACUGUUGAGUGUGUUCAGAGAGUCGGACACACAGACUUCCUGUUGAACACAGGCUGGACUGAUCGAUCGCUGGAGCUCGACGUGUCUUAUUUUAUUUUGUAAAACUUUGCUUCCUUUUAGGCCGUUUAGAUUUCUGUUUGUUUUAAACAUUUUCUUUGAGACUCUGUUGUCAUUUCCUGUUGCUGCAGCAACCAUCUUUUGCCUUUUUUCAGUUCAUGUUUGCAUUUGGAUUGUGCAUAAAGUUUUUGUCUGACGCAGUCUUACCCGUAGAACUGUUGAUUGUUUUAGUUCGUCCUCACUUCCUGGUCAGGUGAUCGUUACGUGGCUUGUUAAUCAGCCACACAGGAAGCUUUAGUGUCUCAGAUCCUCUUCAGUCCGGGGUGUGUUUGAUUUGCCUUUUUGCAUAGACUCUCAGACGGGUGGGGUUUAGUAAUUAGCCCAGUGGCUCCCGCUGUGGUUGAACCAUGGUGUGUGGAGGCGUGAACUGGCUGGCUGUGGGUCAGUGUCGGUCCGGUGUGUCUGAACGGUGACUGUUCGGUUUCUCAAAGAGUCGAAACACCAAACAGACGCUCGUGACUGUGGAAUAAACCGUCGACUGUGUCUGUAGAAUGUAAAUACCUUCGAACAAACGACGCUUCGUGAGCACCUGAGGAGGUUGGAUGUUUGCACCGCACAGAAAUUUGAACUGAAGAGAAUUUGGAUUCCCUCACCUUCAAGCGGCGACAGUUUCCUCUCCUGGGAUGCCAAAUGGUGCCGUCGAGAGCUCCUGUUUGUGAGAAAGGAUUAAAAACGUUACUGUGUACGAAUCUCUGGUUUACUGUGUAAAUAAGUAGCUUUUAAACACGAGGAGGAAGAACAAAGAAGACGACGGGUUGGUUUGCAACUUUCAGAGGCGACGCUGUUGUUUGCGACUCCAGCUGACGUCACUCCUGAGAGCACAGCGAGCGACGAGAAGCAGAAUAUAAAGAAAAGUGACGUACAGAUCUGUGAUGUCUGAGAGCAGGUUUAUCAGCUGUUACAGGAACACGCCGCCAUGUUGGAACAUAUAACUGGACUGGACUGUUCUGAUGAGGAACCAUUACAUUUGGUGGUUAAGGAUUGUGAACAAGAUGAACUGAUUAGACCAACUAUAAGACCACAGGAUUAACAUUAAUAUUUUUUGGCAUUUCUUGUCACUAGUUGGGCCACAAACACAUCCAGUUGGUAUAAAUGAUGUCAGCUGAUGAGUCAUCAGACCAAUCCAAUGUCAGUACAGAAUCUCCAUGUUUAAAUUAACCUACAGACAAGGUGUCCAAGAGAUCACUGACAACUUGUAUUUUCACACUAAAAUGUUCAGUCACAAUUCUGUUUGAACCAAAUUUAAUGGCUCUUCAUCAAAAAAAUGUAUAUGCACUAUUAUUAUUAUUAUAGUAUCACCCACAAAAACCUAGUUUCAGUUGGUCACAUGUUCCUGAAGUUAAAAAGAUAUUCACGUUACUGUCACGUAAACUGAAACAAGCAGAAAUUCCACGUGAAGUUUUACCGUGACAAUCAAUAUUCAGAUGAUCAGGUUUUUGUUUCAGCUCUCGUCACCGAGUCAAACAGUCAGUUUGAUGUUCUAGCAGGUGGACAGACGAAGAUCUUUCCCGUGUCUCUCCGUCAACAUGGCUGCGUUUCCAUCUCAACUAUUGGAAAACAAGAAGCAGCAACUUAACACACUUAAAAUAAUUCUCUGUUUUAUGGAAACAGGAUUUCAUUUGGUUUACAAAAACUCCACUAGAAUUAGAUUGUGUUUGUUUGAAUUCAGCCCUGAAAUCCACCUCAGUCAGCUUCUGAGUUUCCCGACAGCCAAUCAGAGCGCAGGACUGUGAGGACUUUGUGUUUGCUUUAAAUUAAACUGUAUUUAUCUGCAGAGGUCGGUUGGGCUCCAGUAGCUGGUUCUAUUUUGGAUCCUAUGUAGAUCUGUUCAUUUGUUAAAUCUGAUGUUUUAUCUCCUCACUCUUCUCUUUGGCUCGGAUCUUGUGCACAGUAAACUGAUUCCAGACCUCUUAAUCACUGCUCAUCUUAAAUAAUUAGCAUUAUAAGUUAACUUAAAGAAUCAAGUCUUAAUCCCUCUUUUCCCAAACUGGAUUUCAGACUGAAUAACGCCGUGUUGCCUCUGAAAGUUGCGGCCAGAAGGUGCUCGGACGCAGAGCCGGAGCUUCUGCUGAGGAGUUAACUGACAUAAGGAGCCUGCAAACGAUGAUUGUUUUAAUUAAGCAGUUAAUGCGUAAAACAUUUGGUCUAAAAAUAUCAGAGAACAGUAUUUAAAAGAAAAGUGAUUUAUCCAAAGUCCACAGAUGUUCACUUUACAACACAAAGACAGAAAACAUUUGAAAAUCUAGAACCGAUGUUUGUUUGUUUUUGGCACAUUUGCUUAAAAAUAGUUUCAAACAAUUAAAGGAUCAUAAAAAUGUUCAAAUUCCUGUUGAUUGACUUCCUGUUUCUGCUCAACAUUCAACCGUUUCUGAUCUUUUUUUAGACCAAAGCUGAUUGUGACAUUUCCAGCGACACACUAAAGUUCAAUAAAGAUAAUUUAGUCAUUUCUACUAGAAUUACGUUCCUGAAUGUGUAAAGAAACUAUAAUGUUUUGUUGUUGUUUCUUUUAAAUACUCAAAAAUUUGACUGGAGUUUGGUUGGCGGCUCAUCAAACAUUUGUCUCCAUUGCGUCGGGCUCUACUGGGACCUCAGUAUUUCUCACUCUGGCCCUGCUGGAGAGCUGCCAGCAGAGACCUGCUGCAUGCUGGGAAAUGCAGUCCAGUCUUUGGUCAGCUGGUCCCAGCCUGCUCUCAGAAACAUUUCUGUGUCUUUCAUGAUUCCCUGCAGCUGAUUUAAGUGUUUAUAUUGUUGACGAGACAGUGACGCUGCCUUCUGAACAAUCUGAGAGCUUCUGAUAUUCAAUUGAUUGAUUGAUUGAUUGGACCCAUUAAGACAGACAGCAGUUGUGUUGUGUGUGUGUGUGUGUAUAUAUUAGUGCUUCUAAUUCUGGGAGAGAUCUAAAUCUAUAUAUAAAAUGUAUGUAAACAUAUCCUGAUUGUAUUUUUGUUGAUUUAUUGAUCAGACGACGUGAUCAGAUCUGACACUGCCAUCGGCCGUCACUCGUCAUAUUUUUGUAGAAAAGCUUUAAAGGAGGAAACCCAGUGAACUUCCUGAUGUUCGAGGAUCUGAAACCUGAUUGGAUGUCUGACUGUCGACAAGCAAACGAAGAACUAAACAGACGCACGGACGACUUGAACCAACAGAAUGUAGAAAUGUUUUGUUUUUCAUCUUUUGAUGUUCGCUGUGGGAUCAAUAAUAAUAAUAAUAAUAAUAAUGAUAACUGAUUCAUCAA